GCCUCAAAGCGCCAGGAAUCUCUCUCCAUCGCUCUCUUUUUUCUCUCCAUAGCGAGCAACCUCGUUCAUUCUCGUUUGGAUCCGGGCGCCUACCGGAAUCCGGCUUUUUCCUUUCUUUCCCUCGGGAAGAAGGCGGCGUUUUCACUUCUGUGGAUUCUCGUCAUCUUUGUUCAUUCAAGGAUUGAGAUAUAGGUUAGUGGGCCUUUUUUUUGUGAGAGAGGGGAUGAUGCCUUCCUAGCAUUUCAGGUGCUAUGUCGCCUCUUGAACUCUGACAGAAGGGAAAAAAAAGACUGUAAAGACAGGGAUUUUUGCGUUUCUUGAUCCGCCGACAUGGACAUCAACCUGCAGUCGCAUCGCUUCUACUUCCCGCAGAUCUACUGCGCCGAGCCAGGGGCGCAACCGCAGCUGAGCGAGUUCAAAGUCAGCGAGCAGAGCAUCUGCCAGGCGAGGGCCUCGGUCAUGGUCUACGACGACACCAGCAAGAAGUGGGUGCCCAUCAAACCGGGUCAGCAGGGCUUCAGUCGCAUCAAUAUCUACCACAAUACACCCAGCAACACCUUCAGGGUGGUGGGCGUCAAGCUGCAAGACCAGCAGGUGGUUAUCAACUACUCCAUCGUGAAGGGGCUGAAGUACAACCAGGCCACGCCAACCUUCCACCAAUGGAGGGACGCCAGGCAGGUGUACGGCCUCAAUUUUGCCAGCAAGGAGGAGGCUACCACCUUUUCCAACGCUAUGCUCUUCGCUCUUAGUGUACUCAGCGCCCAGGACGGAGGUCCAGCUGUGCAGCGUCAAGUCCAAAAUGGACCAAGCUCAGAAGAGAUCGAAGCCCAGAGAGCAAGGCAAAUGAUGGAACAGCAGCAGCAACAGAUGCAGGCCCACAUGGAGCGGGAGCGACGCUCCUCCAACUCAGGUUCUCCUUUCCAAGGCCACCCUGCUGUGCUGUCGGUGGCACCCCCGGUCGUACCUCCACCCGCGUGCAUGGCGGCGGGACCUCCGCCUCCGCCGCCACCCCCGGGUCCUCCUCCGCCCACUGCCGGGGCCACACCCCUGCCUCCACCACUGCCCAUCCAUGGAGACGAACUGCCAGCGCAGACGGGGCUCGCCGCCAUGCUAGCUGGAGCCAAGCUACGACGUGUGCAAAGACCUGAGGAGAACUCAUCCAACUCUUCCAAUUCAUCCAACGCCAAAAACAAUGAGGUGAACAGAACCAGCGGGGGCAACGGAGGACUAAUGGAGGAGAUGAAUGCUCUUUUGGCCCGAAGAAAAGCAGCUUCAGAAAAGCCAGAUGACAACCAAAAUGACGACCCAAAUUCUUCCUCGCCCGGCACCCGGGGAGGUCAGAACGCCACAGAUGGAGCAAAAAAGCCGUGGGACCGAGCCAAUUCUGCGGAUAGGGCCAUGGCUUCAAGGAUACGGUCUGGGGGGAGCAGCAAUGACACAGAUUCGUUAGACAUGGAUAGAAUGAAACAGGAAAUUUUGGAUGAAGUGUUCCGCGAGUUGCACAAAGUGAAGGAAGAAAUUAUUGAUGCCCUUAGACACGAACUAAGUCGAGUGAGCACGACAUAAUGUCGCCAAUCCGAAGAGGAGACCGAGUCGGACCCAAACUGUGACGUCCGCCGUGGUGUCAAGGCGCCGCUGUAGCCGCCAUGUGUUUGCGGCGCGCAUUGACUUGUGGGGAAACACCGUGCGUGUGUGUUUGUGAAGAGACUGUUAGUUCUUUACAUUUGUCUCUGUUUGCCCCGUGUCUUUGGCCUGAACAGUAUGAGAGAAUUCAAUAUAUUCAAAUAGUUUUAUGGCGUACAAGAGGUUUUUAAACACUUUUUAAUUUACCACUCCCCUUACUAUCAUAUUCCUCAUUAUUGAUAUUAUAAGUGGCUUUUACUCUGAAAAAUGAGGGUUUAAUAAUUGUGGGGCACGUAUAUGCAGACAAACAAUCAGUCGCAUUCAUGUUUACACUAAUGGAUAAAUUUGAGUCUGAGAUGAAGCUAAUAUGGACUAUACAGUGGGGAGAACAAGUAUUUGAUACACUGCCAAUGGGUUUUCCCAUUGACUGUAUCAAAUACUUGUUCUCCCCACUGUACAUGGUCAACUUGCAAAGAGGAGAUGCUCAGAAUUGUGAGGCAGACACGCUAAUUUCUACACCACUGUGCUACCCAUAAAAAAGUAAUUAUAUUUAAGUACUUCGAUGGUCCCCAGGAGUUACUAUUUUUAUUGCCCUUGCUAUCAUAAUUCUUGUUAGUGGGUUUUAGUCAGUACAAAUUAGGCUACAAUAAUAAGAAUAUGAUAGUAAAACUCAAAUUGCACAUGUUUUAUUAUUCAGCUUUCAUAUUAUUCACACCAUCCAGAUUGUUCUCAUUUUUUUGGGACAUUUUUGUUCAUUUUACUUUGGACCAAAACAGCAAAAUUCAGCUUUUGACCAAGAACAACCCUGCAGAACUUUUUUUUUUUUUUUUUUUUCAAAUAUCACACCAGAGUAUUUGUGAACAUGUUGUCGAUAAAAAGUUUAUUGGCCGCCAAGUAUUGUUCAUUUUGUUCUCUUCAUGAUAACAAAGUGCUUCCUUGUUGAACAACACAAGAAAAAAAAAAAAAAGAAAAUGCACCGAGUUUUUGAGAUGAAUUCAAAUAAAACUGUGAACAAUGUCUUGGAUAAAUAAAGGCUGACUGUUUUCUUUUAUGUGUGUGUCUUUUAUAUCAAAAUAGUCCUUUAAUUGCCUUGAUGCCAACACAAAAUGUGCUAUUUUUAGAUCUGGGUGCCCACAAUAAUGUUGAAAGACACUUCUGUAUAAAUGUAUGCGUAUUUAAAUUAAAUCCAAAACAAAGUAUUUCAGUGUUUAAUGUGGUGUGUUUAU